AUGUUGUAUGACAGCAGAACAAGAGAGGUUAAGGAGAAAAAAGAAUCUAUUUAGAAUUAACAGACGAAUCUAAUUACUUUUAAGUAGAAGUCAAUUUAAUUUGAUAAAUAAGCAUCUCAACAAUAGAUUCAAGAUAAUAUCCUUCGUUCUCCAGAUGGAGAAUAUCCUGAUAUAUAGAAUAGUCCUAUAAUUAUGGAUUUAUAAUGUAAUGAAGAGGAUGAUGUUCUUGCAUAAAUGUAUUUUUUUAAUAUAAUUUUUAGGGCUUGGAUACAUAAUUAAUCCAUUUUAGUUUACAAUCAAAACUUUGAAAUUGUUUAUUAGAAUUUUUUCUUAGGAAAACUCAAUAAAAAUCAAAAUAAAGGAUUACAAAUUGAUUAUGAAUCAACUUUCUUAGAAUCUAUAAUCGAAAUAGGAAGUCGAGAAGUUAAUGAUCUAUUUGGAAAUUCUGAAAUUGAUUUAGAUUAAGAUAAGUAAUUAUAAUAUAUCAUAUGAUUUCAUAGUUCCUUGUUUUUAGAUAAUACAGUUCAUAGUAGAUAUAAAAUAAAGGGUGGAUUACAUAAGAUUAAAUAAAUGAUAGGUCAAUUAUAUAAUAAUUAUUCAAAGUAAUUUAAGAAUUAAUUUUAGAUGGAAAUUCUUUACAUUCACUCUUUUUAAGAUUAAAAAUGAUGAAUUAGAUUUUGAUAAUUUGAAUGUUAAAGUAUUAGUGACAGAAGUGAAAUCAAAACUAUAUACACUAUUUAUGUUUGAACCAAUUCAAAAAGCAAAUUAAAAAAGAGUCUUAGAUGAGCCUCUUUAAUUUCAAAAUGUAUUUUAAACCUUUUUAUCUGAAUCAAACAAUUAUAUUAAUGCUAUUCAUUUGUUGAUUUUAUUGUGUUCUCAUGAUAUAGAAAAGAAUAAUGGAAAAGUUUAGAAAGAUUAUCUAAAGUAAAUGCGUAUGAGCACUUAAAAAUUCAUGAUGUUCUUAGGUACUAUGAAGGAUCUGACUUUAUAAUUAACAAAUUAGCUUACAUUUCGUAAUUCAACAUUUAAAAUAACUGAUAUUUUGGAUGAAUUAUAACUUAUAUAUGAUGAUUGCUUAAAAAUAAAGGAGAUCUCUAUAAUUCCAAUUAUUGACUAAGAUAUGCUAGUAUAUAAUGAUUCUGAAAGAGUAAUAUUAAUAUUAAUUGAUAUGAUAGACUAAACAAGUUUUAAAGUGUUUAUUUGAAAUUGCUAUAAAAUACACAGUCACUUAAAAAAUUAGAAUUGACAUACAUUAAGUUUCACCAAAUAACUAUUAAUUUUAAAUUAAAGAUAUUCCAUUUAGAGAUGAGAUUUCUUAAUUAGGUUAUUCAACUGUAUUAAGGAAUACAGCUUAAUUGAUGAAGACAAAUUGUAAAGAUUUUGAUAUGAGUAAUCUCUUGGAAUUGUAGGUUUCUGCAAUGAUAGCAUUUUUAUUAUCUGGAUCAUUACGGAAAUCAUUAGAAUUAACAUUUGAUAAUCAUAUGUCAGGAACAUUUACAUUUACUGUUGAAUCACUUCCAAUUAAUAGUAAAUAAGCAUACUAUGCUUAAUAGAUGAAACCUAAAAGACCAUUUGAAACAUCUUUAUCUAUGUUAUUAGCAUAAGCUUAAGAUAGCUCACAUUAUAAAAAUGAAGAAUCAAAAUAUAUGUCAUUUACUUAAAUAUCCAAACAAUAUUCAUUAAAACCUGAUACACCCUUUGAUUUAUAAAGUGCUCACUUUUCAUAAAUAUCAAAAAUCAAAUAAGAAUCACCUUAGAUAAAACCAUUGGGAUCGUAACAUUAAAGCAAUUCAGGUGGAACUAAUAAAUUUUAAGAUUCUUUAUUUCCUAAAAGUUUAAAUAACAAUCCCUCUCGAGUGGUCAAAAGUGAUUCAGGUGUUAAUAUUUCAUCUAAACCUCCAACAAGUACUUUGGAUUUUGGAGAUAGUACCAAUCCUAAUCUUGAUCCUCCUGAAUUAAGUCCAAAAUUUUUACAUUCUGUCAUAAAAUUUAAACUUACUAAUCAAUGUUGUUCAAAAGUUAUUAUUGCUGAUAAUGAUUACUUAAAUGUUUAAGUUCUAUAGAUUUUAUUAAAUAAAUACGAAGUUAGAUCAGAUAAAGCAUUUACUCAACAAUAAACAUUAUAACUUAUAAGAAACAAAUAAGAAAAUCCUUGCAGAUGUAAAAAUGGAGCAUACUUAUUAUAUUUCAUAGAUGCCUAUUUACCUGUAUCUAUUAUAAUCUAUAUUAGCAAUCAGGAGUAGAAUUGAUCAAAGAAAUAAAAGGUUUAUUUCGAACUUAGUAAGUCGAUAGAGGCUUCAUAAUUGCAAUGGCUAGUUAUAGUGAUAUGGAACUUAAAUUAAAUUGUUUUAAUUCAGGAAUUGACUAUUUUAUUGCCAAGCCUUUCGAUCUAUUUGAAUUAUCUGCUAUCCUCCAAUAUAUAUAAUUUUGA